AAACCUGUCCGGGUCAGUAUCAAGUUGGCUUCGGAACUGCUUCUUUGUCCUUCGAGAAACCUCGCGAUCGUUUUCCGUUUUCCCGAUGGCGACGAUCAGAAACGCGAGCCAGUUUGGCGACGAAUCGACUCCUUUGAUCAUCAGCCACAUGCACUCCCCGUGGAACACCUCCUGCUUUGACAAGGUGCUGGUGGCCGCUUUGGCCGCCCUUUUCCUCUGUGGGACUGCCUUCGGCAUCUACCUUCUGUUCGCUCAGUGUCAGGCGGCUGCAAUAGAGGACUUCGACCUGGUGUCCCGCGAGGGGUGGGGCAUCAAAGACACGGCCUUCCUGCAGCAGGUGCCGCCCCUCCGUCAUCCCCUUCCCACGGUGCUGCUGGUCAAGGUGAUUACCAACUGCACCAAACCUCAACAGUGCCUCCAGCACAAGGAGUUUGAGCGGUUGCCUUUCAACUUCUACCAAGACGGUUUGGGCACGAUUUUUGAGGGGCGCGGCUUCGAGCUGCAAGCCGACUGUCACAUGGCUGACUGCGCCCAAGUGCUGACAGUCGCUGUUCUAGAGCAGCGCAACAAAGCGCCGUCUAACCGACAGCUGCGGACACUGAAGGCCUUCCUGGACUAUGCCGUGAUGGAGCAGGCGCUGGACGCUUGUUUCGAGGUUAUGUCCAGUCACACCCCCUCCCGGUACUUUGACGACAUGACUUUCACUUUGAGGAAAAUGCUGCGGGAGGGCGGCGCCUGCAAGUACUACUACUAGAGUGACUAGACCAGAAAGCGUGAUUGGGGUUUUACGAAAGUGAUUAUUUAGACAGAAGUAUUGACAGUAAAGACAUUUUGAAGA